AUGGUCAUGGCAAUUUUCAUAUCAGUGAUAUUUUUAUUUGUGGGCAUUGGAGUUUUGGUUGUGAUUCAUGCUUGUAUUGCUGGGAGGGCGUUUAGGAGAGGAUUUGGUGGCAGUGAUAUGGUGGAGAGGGGUGGUUUUGGGAACACAAGCAUGUCUCAAGACUAUCUAGAGAAGCUUCCUUGCUUUGAUUUCAUAGUGAAAUCAAAGGGAAGUAGUCCUGUGGAUUGUGCAGUGUGUUUGGAGAACUUCAAAUCGGAGGAAGUGCUGAUUCUUGGAAAGGUGAUACGGUAUGUGGGGGGAGAAAGCAACUGUUUCAGUGAAAGUGGGCAUGUGAGUGAGAAUGCAAUGAGGUUGAGAGAGGACCAAGUUGCUGAAACUGGUCAUUUGACUGAUCCUGUAGUUCCUUUUCUUCCCGAAACGAAGAAAGAAGCAAUGAUUAAUGAAAUGGACAUGGUUUUAGNUUUUCUUCCCGAAACGAAGAAAGAAGCAAUGAUUAAUGAAAUGGACAUGGUUUUAGAUGGUCCUUGA